AUGGAUGGACAAACGGAACAACAAUUGAUUGAGGAAAAUAUCGAAAGAUUUAGGAUACUUUAUCAAUUGCAUUUGGACAACAAUGAACCCUCUCCCACCGCUCAAUUUAAUUAUGCAUGUGCUCUAGUCUGCUCCAAUCAGCGAUCACAUAAUGACACAGCUAUAUAUCUCUUAGAUGAAUUGGUUCGCAUUAGAUAUGAAAGUGAAGAAUGUUUUUAUCAACUCGCUCUUGCACAUAUGAAACGCAGAAGUUUCGUCAAGUCAAAGGAAUACUUGGAUCGUAUCAUUGCACUGGAGGGUUCUAAUCAACGUGUAAUGGCACUUAAAUCAGUAGUCGUUUCAUUACUAGCUCAGGAUACUUUCAUGGGCGGAUUACUUGGCGCCACUGCAGCGUUCGCAAUAAUUCUCUUCUUCACAAUGAAAAGGAAUACCUAA